AUGGGAGGGGCCAAUCUUAUCCCCAUUUAUUACCUUAGCAAAAUACUGAAAGAUGCGGAACUAAGAUAUACUCCUGCCGAGAAAGCAUGCUUGCCAUUGAUCUUAGCGGCACAGAAGAUACGUCAUUAUUUAAUGAAGCACAAAUGCUAUGUGGUCGCAACGGCUAACCCAAUCGUAUACCUGACAACCAGGUCGAUUCAAUCAGGAAAUCUAGCGCGAUGGUCAAUGCAACUACUGGAAUUCGAUUUCACGCCAAUAAGACCUCAAGGAGUCAGGGGACAGGCGAUUGCGGACUUAUUAGCGGCCUUCCCAGGACCCGAUACUUCCGAAAUUCAUGCCGACUUACCCGGUGAAGUCGCUUUGGCGGAGGAAGCCCCACCUCGCAAAUGGAAGAUGUCUUUCAAUGGAUCCUCUUAUGGAGAUCAUGGGGGCGCUGGAAUAGUCUUCGAAUCACCAGAUGGGGAACUCAAGCCAUACGCCUUCAAGCUCGACUAUCCUUGCACCAAUAACGCGGCCGAAUAUGAGAGCUUUCUCAUUGGAAUGCAAAUGACGCUAAAUAUGGGGAUAACAGAUCUAGAGGUCAUGGGCGACUCUAGGCUCCUUGUGAAUCAAAUGGAAGGAGAAUUCCAUGUGAAAGAACCAACAUUAGCAAUCUAUCGGGACAAAGCUCAGAGACUAAUGAGACGCUUCGAACAUAUCACGUUAGAACACAUGGAGCGACUAGCAAAUAGACAUGGAGAUGCAUUAACAACAAUGACGUCAAAGCUGCAGAUGCUACAUGGAGAAAAAGAAGUAAUCACUAUCAUUAAAAACACUUCGCCUUUAGCAUUUGAAGAGAGAGCCUCCAUCGAGGAGCUGGAUUGGCGCCGUGUGAUAAUAGCAGAUCUAAAGCGACCACCCGAAGAAAGGCAACUCUCAUGGAAAACCUUGAGGUAUUAUACACUCCUUGAUGGGGAUCUAUACUUCAUCACGACUGGAGGAGGAUUAUGUAGAUCCCUUGAACUGAGCGAAGGUAAAGAAUAG